AUGUUGUCGCUGUCGUGUGAAAUAACCAGUAUUGUGACAGAUGGGAUUGGGUCGUCUGCCGUUGUGCGACCCAGUCAUGUUUCCCGCGCUCCGUCUUCCAAGACCCGCGAAAAUACCGACAGGGUGUCAACGCUGCACACCGUAUCUUUCGCCGUCGCUUUGUCCUCGGCUGCCGACAUGGGAAAUCACGGAUUUUGUCGAAACAUAUUCUGCUACAUUAACAACUACAUCUACUACGUCUGCUACUACAUCAACUAUAUCUCCGUCUGCUGCUACAUCAACUAUAUUUACGACUGCUACUACAUCAACUAUAUCUACUACGUCUGCUGCUACAUCAACUAUAUCUACGUCUACUGCUACAUCAACUAUAUCUACUACGUCUGCUACUACAUCUACGACUGCUACUACACAACUAUAUCUACGUCUGCUACUACAUCAACUAUAUCUACGUCUGCUACUACAUCAACUAUAUCUACCAACUAUAUCUACGUCUGCUACUACAGCAACUAUAUCUUCGUCUGCUACUACAGCAACUAUAUCUUCGUCUGCUACUACAGCAACUAUAUCUUCGUCUGCUACUACACCAACUAUAUCAUCGUCUGCUACUACAGCAACUAUAUCUUCGUCUGCUACUACAGCAACUAUAUCUUCGUCUGCUACUACAGCAACUAUAUCUUCGUCUGCUACUGCACCAACUAUAUCUACGUCUGCUACUACAGCAACUAUAUCUUCCUCUGCUACUACAGCAACUAUAUCUUCGUCUGCUACUACAGCAACUAUAUCUACGUCUGCUACUACAGCAACUAUAUCUUCGUCUGCUACUACAGCAACUAUAUCUUCGUCUGCUACUACACCAACUAUAUCUUCGUCUGCUACUACAGCAACUAUAUCUUCGUCUGCUACUACAGCAACUAUAUCUUCGUCUGCUACUACAGCAACUAUAUCUUCGUCUGCUACUACAGCAACUAUAUCUUCGUCUGCUACUACAGCAACUAUAUCUUCGUCUGCUACUACACCAACUAUAUAUACGUCUGCUUCUACAGCAACUAUAUCUUCGUCUGCUACUACAGCAAUUAUAUCUUCGUCUGCUACUACAGCAACUAUAUCUUCGUCUGCUACUACAGCAACUAUAUCUUCGUCUGCUACUACAGCAACUAUAUCUUCGUCUGCUACUACAGCAACUAUAUCUUCGUCUGCUACUACAGCAACUAUAUCUUCGUCUGCUACUACACCAACUAUAUAUACGUCUGCUUCUACAGCAACUAUAUCUUCGUCUGCUACUACAGCAAUUAUAUCUUCGUCUGCUACUACAGCAACUAUAUCUUCGUCUGCUACUACAGCAACUAUAUCUACGUCUGCUUCUACAGCAACUAUAUCUACGUCUGCUACUACAGCAACUAUAUCUUCGUCUGCUACUACAGCAACUAUAUCUUCGUCUGCUACUACAGCAACUAUAUCUUCGUCUGCUACUACACAACUAUAUCUUCGUCUGCUACUACAGCAACUAUAUCUUCGUCUGCUACUACAGCAACUAUAUCUACGUCUGCUACAUCAUCUUUAUCUACAUCUACUUCUACAUCAACAAUGUCUAUACCUGUUACUACGUCCACUAUUACAUCAACUAUAUACACGUCUGCUACUGCAUCCACAUCCAUAUCCACAACUACAACUACAACUAAUUUUACGACUGCUACUACAACUACUUCAAUUACCCUGCAUCAUGCCUGA